AUGGCUGCUCUCAAGGAAGAGAGGGACGUGGAAGACUACAAGAGGAAAGGAAGGCGAUCCUCACAGCAGAAAUACCGUAGACUGAAUAAGGGCCAUGAGCCAAAGGAGCCAGAGCAGUUGAGAAAGCUGUUCAUUGGAGGUCUGAGCUUUGAGACAACAGACGAUAGCUUGAGAGAGCACUUUGAAAAAUGGGGCACGCUCACGGACUGUGUGGUGAUGAGAGACCCCCAGACAAAACGUUCCAGAGGCUUUGGCUUUGUGACUUACUCCUGCGUGGAGGAGGUGGAUGCUGCCAUGAGUGCUCGACCGCAUAAGGUUGAUGGACGCGUGGUUGAACCAAAGAGAGCAGUUUCAAGGGAGGAUUCUGUAAAGCCCGGGGCUCAUCUCACAGUAAAGAAAAUAUUUGUUGGGGGAAUUAAAGAAGAUACAGAAGAAUAUAAUUUAAGGGAGUACUUUGAAAAAUAUGGCAAGAUUGAAACCAUAGAAGUCAUGGAAGACAGGCAAAGCGGAAAGAAGAGAGGCUUCGCUUUUGUAACUUUUGAUGAUCAUGAUACAGUUGAUAAAAUUGUUGUUCAGAAAUACCACACCAUAAACGGACAUAACUGCGAGGUGAAAAAGGCGCUCUCCAAACAGGAGAUGCAGACUGCUAGCUCUCAGAGAGGUCGUGGGGGUGGCUCAGGCAACUUCAUGGGCCGUGGAAACUUCGGCGGUGGUGGAGGGAACUUUGGCCGAGGAGGAAACUUUGGUGGAAGAGGAGGCUAUGGGGGUGGUGGUGGCGGUGGUGGGAGCAGAGGAAGCUUUGGGGGUGGUGACGGAUACAAUGGAUUUGGUGAUGGUGGCAACUAUGGAGGUGGUCCUGGCUAUGGCAGCAGAGGAGGUUAUGGUGGUGGUGGAGGACCAGGAUAUGGAAACCCCGGUGGUGGAUAUGGAGGUGGAGGAGGAGGAUAUGAUGGUUACAAUGAAGGAGGAAAUUUUGGUGGUGGUAAUUAUGGUGGGAGUGGAAACUACAAUGACUUUGGCAAUUACAGUGGACAGCAGCAGUCCAACUAUGGUCCCAUGAAAGGUGGUGGCAGCUUUGGUGGCAGAAGUUCGGGCAGUCCCUAUGGUGGUGGUUAUGGAUCUGGAAGUGGAAGUGGGGGCUAUGGUGGUAGAAGAUUCUAAAAAUGCUACCAGGAAAAGGGCUACAGUUCUUAGCAGGAGAGAGAGCGAGGAGUUGUCAGGAAAGCUGCAGGUUACUUUGAGACAGUCGUCCCAAAUGCAUUAGAGGAACUGUAAAAUCUGCCACAGAAGGAACGAUGAUCCAUAGUCAGAAAAGUUACCGCAGCUUAAACAGGAAACCCUUCUUGUUCAGGACUGUCGUAGCCACAGUUUGCAAAAAGUGCAGCUAUUGAUUCAUGCAAUGUAGUGUCGAUUAGAUGUACAUUCCUGAGGUCUUUCUCUGUUGUAGCUUUGUCUUUCUUUUUUCUUUUUAUUUUCCCAUUACAUCAGGUAUAUUGCCCUGUAAAUUGUGGUAGUGGUACCAGGAAUAAACAAAUUAAGGAAUUUUUAACUUUUCAAUAUUUGUGUAGUUCAGUUUUUCCACAUUUAGUACAGAGAACUCUAUAACAGAAAUAAAAUGUAGUUCAGGGUGUUUCCUUGUUAGUUAAUGGAGAGGAUUAAUGCAUUUCUCAAUUACUCUUUUGUAUUAAUUUAAAGUUAACGAUAGAAACACCUAUUGAUUUGCAGUCUUAAGGGGUCUAGUCUCAGUGUGUGUAUGUACCUGUCGCUGACACGAGUUCCGUAGGCGUGCAGAGGGAAAACACCCGUUGCGUUACAGUGUUGAGAUGUAUAACAGGAUUGAGUUACUCCAAUUAGUGUUUGUGAAUUAUAGAACUAAGCUUUACCUUAAUGGAAACUUCCAAUUACUUUUCGGUUUGUGCAUUUUUUUUAAUUUGUAGUUCUGUAUUAGUCCUAGCGCUUCAAGAAAAUAAGGCAUGAUAAAUAUUUUAACAAGACCAACUUUAGACACAU